CACACGACAUCUUUUACCCAAUCCAAUCACAGAUCCCCAUGGAACGAGAGGUAUGGGGAGGCCAAGAACAAACAGGCCCCUAGAUUUUAUAUGCCCGCUCUAAUGAAAUUGCAUUAGGGCAGGGCUCAGGAGAGAGUGGUACUUAUCCACCGCUUUGCUUUCGCCUUUGGCUUGCUUGGCCCCUCCCUCUCAUUCCUUUUGCUCAGCUCACGGGUCCCUCUCGCCCGUCUUCCUCGUAGUUCACUUCUCUUUUACCACUACUGCCUCCAUCUCCAUGUCGUCGCUCGGACAAGGGUAGUAGUAGAGCUCAGCUCAGAGUGAAAGCCAAGCAAGAAGCGUUUUCGUCUGUGUUUGGUUGUUGAUGAGAACGAUGGCCAGCGGCGGCAACUGGUUAGGCUUCUCCCUCUCCCCGCACAUGGCCAUGGAGGUGCCCUCCUCCUCUGAACCCGACCACGCUCAGCCUGCUAGCGCUAGUGCUAUGUCUGCUUCUCCCACCAACGCCGCGACCUGCAACCUCCUAUUCUCCCAACCCGCGCAAAUGGCCGCUCCACCUCCUGGAUACUACUACGUCGGCGGCGCCUAUGGGGAUGGCACCAGCACCGCUGGCGUCUACUACUCCCACCACCCCGUCAUGCCCAUCACGUCCGAUGGAUCUCUGUGCAUCAUGGAAGGUCUGCUCACUGUUGCACUUCUCUCUCUUCUCUUGGUUCCCGUUGUUGCAAACGCCGAUAUUAAUCUUUCGUGCUGCCAUCACGUAGGGAUGAUGCCGUCGUCCUCGCCGAAGCUCGAGGACUUCUUGGGUGGCGGCAAUGGCAGCGGACAUGACGCGGUCACCUACUACAGCCACCAGCAGCAGGACCAACAAGACCAGGAGGCAAGCAGAAUCUACCACCACCAUCAACAGCAGCAGCAGCAGCUAGCGCCCUACAACUUCCAGCACUUGACGGAAGCAGAGGCGAUCUACCAAGAGGCCACGGCGCCGAUGGACGAGGCAAUGGCCGCUGCCAAGAACCAGCUGGUGACGAGCUACGGCUCAUGCUACAGCAACGCGGGGAUGCAGCCGCUGAGCCUGUCCAUGAGCCCCAGGUCCCAGUCCAGCAGCUGCGUCAGCGCAGCUCCUCAGCAGCAUCAGAUGGCUGCGGCCGCUGCUGCUGCCUCCUUGGCUGCUUCCCAGGGAGGCAGUAAUGGUGGUGGGGAGCAGGAGCAGUGCGUGGGGAAGAAGAGGGGCACUGGGAAGGGAGGCCAGAAGCAGCCCGUUCAUCGCAAGUCCAUCGACACGUUUGGGCAGAGGACCUCCCAGUAUAGGGGCGUCACCAGGCACAGGUGGACUGGGAGAUAUGAAGCCCACCUCUGGGACAACAGCUGCAAGAAGGAUGGGCAGACAAGGAAAGGGAGGCAAGUUUAUCUAGGUGGUUAUGACAAUGAAGACAAGGCUGCCAGGGCUUAUGAUCUGGCUGCUCUGAAAUAUUGGGGGCCGUCGACGAACACCAAUUUCCCGCUAGAAAAUUAUCGAGAGGAGGUCGAGGAGAUGAAAAGCAUGACAAGGCAGGAAUUCGUUGCACACUUGAGAAGGAGAAGCAGCGGGUUUUCUCGUGGUGCUUCGAUAUAUCGAGGAGUAACGAGGCAUCAUCAGCAUGGAAGAUGGCAAGCUAGGAUUGGCAGGGUUGCUGGCAACAAAGACUUGUAUCUCGGCACUUUCACCACUCAGGAAGAAGCAGCCGAGGCCUACGACGUAGCCGCGAUCAAGUUCCGUGGCCUGAACGCCGUGACCAACUUCGACAUAACCAGAUACGACGUGGACAAGAUCAUGGAGAGCAGCUCUCUGCUGCCCGGUGACGAAGCGCGCAAGGUCAAGGCGGUCGAGGCAGCCAACCACGUGCCUGCCAUGCACAACGGCGGCGGGGAGAUCAGCCAUGCCGAAGAAGGAAGCUCCGGCGUCUGGAGGAUGGUACUCCAUGGAACACCGCAGCAAGCUGCACAGUGCACCCCCGAGGUGGCAGACCUUCAGAAGGGCUUCAUGGGCGGCGGCGACCCUCGCUCGUCCCUGCAUGGCAUCGCCGGGUUCGACGUCGAGUCGGCGGCGCAUGACAUCGACGUCUCAGGCAAGAUCAACUACUCCAACCCGUCCUCCCUGGUGACCAGCCUCAGCAACUCGAGAGAGGGGAGCCCAGAGAGGUUCAGCCUGCCCUCGCUGUACGCCAAGCAUCCCAACGCCGUCAGCGUCGCCAGCAUGAGCCCGUGGAUGGCGAUGCCAGCGCCGGCCGCCGCCCACGUGUUGAGGGGGCCGAAUUCCUCCAUGCCUGUGUUUGCUGCCUGGACGGACGCAUAGCCGCGCUGCUGCUGCUCAAAUCUUGCUGUCGCUGGCCAUGUUGCGUAAACUGGAGCUGAGUUAGUAGCGUCGGUUGCUCAUUCCACUUGUGUUGAGCUGGGAAGGCAAGGCUGGUUAAUUGGUUAUCACGAAGGUGGUGUAGUGUUAGUGGUAGUGGUACGCAGGAGAAGCAGGCAUUAGUCUCUAGCUCACCGAACUUGUAGCAGUACGUAGUAUUCUUACUUACUUUCUCUUGAGCCUCUUUUUAUGCAAUCUCCUGGGAAUGUAUUAUCAUGCAUGCAUGCAUGGCUUACAAGUUACAACAAUGCAUGGAAGGAGGCUGCCCCAA